CACCCACUCGUGUUCUCUCUCUCUGUGAUUUCGUCACACACAAUCUAGAUUUAAAAAAGCCUUUUUGAAAAACCCAAGUCAUCAUCAUGAAGAGAAAGGAACAUCCAUCCAAUGGUAACGCCGAACAAAAGAAGGUUAAACAAUCAUACUAUGAGGAAGAGUUAACAUUUUCACCACCUCAUGGAUCCUUCGGAGAUGCAGGAAAUGUAUCAUCUAUAGGCUUUGAUGAGUCAACUACCCUCUCACAAAAUCUUGAUAAUAGUAUGGUUGAUGAAAGUGGUGAAGUUGUUCUUGAUUCAACCAAUUUAGAUGAUAGUGGUUUUGCUAGUCAGACAUUGACCAAUCCUGCAACUACAAGUAGUAAUUAUGCUCCAGAACUAAGUUCACAAGAAUUUGAAGGCUUUAGUGUACCAUCAUCUCCUGUAAAACAUUCAUCACCAACUAAAACACCAUCAUCAACUGAUUCUAGAAAAUCAACUAGUAAUUCUAAUCAAACAUCUAACUCUGCACAAAAAAAGCCUUCCGUAAAAUCAACAAUUGACAAGCAAAAACUCAAAGAAAAAGUAGAAAAGGAAAGACAAUUACUGACAUCAAUACUUCAAGGAAAUUCUAAAGAGAAUAAGUUACUUUAUGAAGCCUUUAAUAAUUUACAAACUGUUGCAAAUGAACACAAACUUAAGUUUGAAGCACCAGAAUUAGUAGUUGUUGGAAUGCAAUCUGAUGGUAAAUCAAGUUUUGUAGAAGCACUUCUAGGAUUUCAAUUCAAUACUGUUGAUACACAAAUUGGUACAAGAAGACCACUCAUUUUACAAAUGGUAAAUGAUCCUUCAUCUGAAAAACCAUUAUGUCACUUUUUCAAAGAAGCAUCACCUUCUGAUAUUGAAGAAGAAGCAACACCUGUACCAUUAUUAGAAAAAGAAAUUAGAAGAAGAACAGAUGAAGUUUGUGGAAAAGGUGGUGUUAGUUCUAGACCUAUUGUACUUCGUGUAAAAUAUAAGUAUUGUGCUAAUUUAACAAUUUAUGAUACACCAGGGUUUAGAAAAGGUGAUACUGAUCCUCUUGGUGAAAGAAUUCACAAAACAGUUAUGGGAUUAAUCAAACCACAAAAUAGAAUUAUUGUAGCAUUAGAACAAUCAACUGUUGAAUGGUGUAAUACUCAAGUAAGACCUAUCAUUAAGAAGGCAGAUCCAAAUUUUGAAAGAACAAUUUUUGUUAUAACUAAAUUUAAUAAUAGAAAUAAUCAAUUUAGAGAUGGUAAAGAAGCAAAUGAUUAUAUUUCAACUGAUGGAAAUAUUCAAGAUUUAUCUAAAGUUUUUUAUAUUUCAUUACCUUCUGGUCAUGGUACAAGAAAUAUAGCAGAAGAAGAAUUUAAGAAUGAAAUUGUUAAUACCUAUCUCAAAGAUUUUAAAAAGUUAACAAAGGUUGGGUUUGAUGAACAAAAGUAUAAGUCUCAAUUAGGUUUUUAUAAUUUAAAGAGAUAUUUAGAAAAACUUUUGAAUGAGAAAUAUGUUGAAAAUAUUUCACCUGUUUUAACUUCACUUGAAAAUUUAUUGAGUAAGAGAAAAAUUCAACUUGAAAAAAUUACUUCAGAAUUAGAUGAAAUUGAAAAGGAAAAUAUUGAAUCUCAAAUUACACAUAUGAUUGGUGCCUAUGUAAAUAAUGUAACAAAAGCUUUGAAUGGUACAAAUCAAUUUGAUACUCUUAAAAAUGGUUUAACUCUUGAAGAAGAAAGAGGUCAGAGUGGUAAUGAAAAUUGGCCUGGAUUUCCACAACAAUUACAAGACAAAUUACCAAUUAGAAAUCGUAACUUUAAAUUAUAUGGUGGUGCUCAAUUAGAAAGAUUACUUUCAGAAUUUGAAGUUGUUUCUCAUGCACAAGAAUUUCCACAAACAACUAAUGAUGAAGUUGCUGUAUCUAUUGGUGUAAAUCCAAUUCAUACUUCACCUGAUUAUAUUAGAGGUGUUACAGAUUUAGCUCAAAAGAAAUGUAGAAUGGUAUUUAAACCUCUUAUUGAAUGCCUACUUCAAAGAAGCAAGUUUGUUAUGAAAUUACUUUUCAAAUUGGUUAUUCAAUAUAUGGUUAAGAAUAAUUCUCUAUCUUCACGAUAUAAGGCAUUCUCAAAUGAACUUUUCAAAGUUUGUGAAGAAUUUAUUGAUUCAGUACUAAAGGAUGUAAGAACAAAAACCUCAGAUGAAUUUGAAACAUUUGUUAAAAUUAUGGAUUGGGAUUUAAUUUCUGCACAAGCACCAAGGAAACAUUUAGAAUAUGACUUACUCCAUCCAAAAGAAGAGGAAACUAUUGAAAGAGUUAAACAAACUGUUGAUGAUUCCAAUGAUUCACUCUAUAUUGCAUUUGAACAAUUUAAAGGAAGAGAAUUAACUGAGGAAAAAUGUGAAAAGAUUAAGAAGGUAGCAGCUCAACUUUUUGCAGGAGUAAGAGCAAUGUUUGUCAAGUAUAUUAGAGCUAAAUUUAAUGCAUUCUUCUUGGAUCCAAUCUUUACAAAUAUGGAUAAUUAUAUUAGAGUUCAUUUCUUGAAUAUGGGUUCUGAUAAGUUGAGAGAAUUAAUGGGUCAUAGAGUUUUACAAUUGAAACAAGCUAAGGAUGCCUUUACAGAUCAAGUUAAGAAACUCUCUCAACAUAAGGAAAUGUUUACUUCCCUUGCUGAAAAAUUCCAAUCAUCAUCCCCACCAUCUAUCAAGUCAAAGAAGAGUCAAGGUGAAUCAACAAGUAAUAAUGGACAUUCAUCAGACAAGAUAUCCACAAAUGGCCAUUCUUCAGCAUCAUUUGCUACACCAACAAAAAAGAGCUCAACAGCCACUCCUCAAUCCAAGAGUAAACAACAAUAAGUUAUACCAACAAUUUUAUUACAAGUGGAAUAAAAUGCAUUUCAUC